UUCUGGGAAACGCACUGGCCCCGUCACCAGCUUGGAGGACCGGUGCUCCGCAGCCCAGGCCCACGCGGCAAGGCAAGGCGCUUCCUUCCUUCCCAUCCCUUAGGGGCCUCCAGCCCAAGGCAGCGGCAGCUUUCCCUGGGUCUUGGGAGUACACGCAGAGCCGCAAACGGUCCACAGCCAUGGCGCUGGUGAUGCUGCGGGACUGGUGCAGGUGGAUGGGUGCAAACGCACAGCGCUCGCUGCUGCUCCUGGGCAUCCCGGAAGACUGUGGCGAGGACGAGUUCCAGGAGGCUGUCCGGGCUUCCCUCUGGCCCCUGGGCCCGUGCCGAGUGCUGGGCAAAGUCUUCAGGAAGGAGCUGGGGACCAGGGUCGCCUUGGUGGAAUUCUCUGACUACUUGAACCGCAGUAUGAUCCCCCAACAGAUUCCAGGCAAAGGGGGACCAUGGAAGGUGGUCUACCUGCCCCAGGUCCCUGAUGCCGAAUUACAGGGGAGAGUCGUUAUGACCACACAGCCCCAAGGUCGAGAAGUGGCCAGUAGGGCAGGUGAGACCGGAGCUGCAGGUGAGGUGGGAGCAGGAGCCGCAGCUGAGGCUGUAGCUGCAGUGGAGGCAGGAGCCCCAGAUGAGGUGGGAGAUUCGGGAACUGCAGGUCAGGUGAGAGCUGCAGGUGAGGCAGGGACUGCAGGUGAAGAAGAAACUGCAGAUGAGGAAGGCACUGCAGGUGUGACUGGAGCAGAGCAUGUGGCAGACGUGGCAGGUGAGGCAGGAGCUGCAAGUGGGAUGGGACUGGAGAAUGUGGCAGGAGCUGCAGGUGAGAGAAAAGCUGAGCAUGUUAGAGAAGCUGUAGGUGAGACAGGAGCCCCAGUUAAGGUAGAAGUUGCAGGUGAGGCAGGAGUCCCAGGUGAGACAGGACCUACAGGUGAGGAAGGAGCUGAGAAGGUGACAGAAGCUGCAGGUGAUGCAGGAGCCCCAGGUGAGGUAGAAGUUGAGGGUGAGGCAGGAGAUCCAGGUGAGGUGGAAACUGCAAGUGAGGCAGGAGACCCAGGUGAGGUGGAAGCUGCAGGUGAGGCAGGAGACCCAGGUGAGGUAGAAGCUGCAGGUGAGGCAGGAGCUGUAGGUGAAGCAAGAGUUGAGAAUGCAGCAGGAGCUGUACGAGAUGCAGGCUAUGAGGCUGUGGCAGCAAUGCUAGGUCUGGCUGCAGCCUUAGGGGAGGCUGGAGAUGAGGCCGAGGCCGAGGCGGAAGCUUGGGCCCAGCAGUGGCGGAACGCCCUGCAGCCCAUGCUGGAGAGCCUGGGCUACCAGGAGCUGAGGCCCUUUUCUGGGCGGGAGGAGCUGGGCCCCGAGGAGCAGCCAUUCGAAGCCUGGCUGGAACACGCCUACGACAUGCUGCACCUGUGGCGCCACGUGUCUGAGAGGGAGAAAAGGCGGCGACUGGUGGAGUGCCUGAGCAGCCCGGCCCUGGAUCUCUUGUAUGGCCUCCUGGCCGAAGACCCCAGUCUCCCUGCGCAGGACUGCCUGGUCGCCAUGGUGCAGGUGUUUGGGACACAGGACACCCACAUGACUGCACGGAUCAAGUUUCUCACCUGCACCCAGCAGCCUGGGGAGACCCUGUUUGACUUCGUGAUGCGUCAGGAAGGCCUGCUGCAGACCGCCAUGGAGAAGGGGGCGGUGCACCCAGCCGUCGCUGACCAGGUGCGCUUGCGGCAGGUGCUGACACGAGGACGGCCCAACGUCACGUUAUACAACAAGCUGAGGCACAUGCGCAUGGAGGGACAGCCCCCUGGCUUCGUGGGGCUGCUGCGAUUAGUUCGUGAGACUGAGGCAUGGGAAGCUGCCCAAGCCAGGAGGGACCAAUCUCAGACAGAGGAAAGGGUCACCCCAGCCUAUGAAGAUGCGAAGGAGUCACCAGCCAAUGAGAAUGCCGACCAGGUGGACCCAGCCAACGGAGGUUUCAAAGAAGCUGACCCUGCCAAGGAAGAUGUCGACCAGGUGGAACAAGCCAAUAAAGAUGCCCACCUGGCCGCCAUGGCCAAUGACUCUGUAGCCCAGACCGCUCUAGCCACCGAGGACGCCACCAAAACUGCCACGGCCGUUGACAAGGCAGGUGCCACUGAUACUGCUGCCCCUGGGAUUGAUCACGAAGAGAGCACUCCUGCCCCAGUGCAGGUGGGCAGCGCCCCCGGGGUAGGCCCAGGAGGCACAGGCUGUGGGCAUGAGGGCCUUGUCCAGGCUGGGGACCCGGAGGCCAUGGAGGCCGAAGCGGCGGCAGCCGAGGUCCCCGGCGAGCGGCUUCAGCCCAUCCUGGAGGAGCCAGAGAACGAGGGCAAGGCAGGCGACGCGAGCCUGCCCGAGUCCUCCGAGUGCUCCUCUUCGGACCAGUAGGCUGCAUCCUGGCUGCGGGAAGGACCCACCAGGCCUCUGCGGGCCCCACCCCAAGCCCCCAACCCCAUCCCGAGGUCGUCGCAGCCACAGGGCCACCACACAGUUCCAACCCCACACCUGCUUCGGUGUCCCGGACCACGGGCACCUGGAGAGCCAUGCCCUCGCCCCGCUCCACUGCCUCCUCGAGGCUUGGGCCCUGCUUUUCUGGCAUAGAGACCGGCCAGCUGUUGCUUGCUGUCGUGCAAGUGUGUGUGUGUGUGUGUGUGUGUGUGCACACGCGCUAGUCCUUUUUCUCUCCCCCCACUCACCCCCCCAUCCUGAGCAGCUCCUCCCUCUGGGAGAGCCAGGCCCAGAGGACAGUGGGCAGCACACACAGACCAGGGAGUGGCCACCCUCACCCCGAGAGCCAACGACACCGGGAGGAAGGAUGGACGCUGGGGCGGGCAGCUUCAGGGAGACCCACGGGGACCGUGCUUCAAGAUCCACCCAAGCUCUUGUUUGUGACUCCGUUUCCUUCACGUGGUGCCCUGUGCUCUGCUGUGUUUUCCAGUGUUGUUCCCUGCCCCUUCAGUGGGACCACAGGGUAGGGCCACACCCCAUCAGCGCCCCCCUCCCCUUUCAUGUGAGUGGCCAGAGUUUAUUUGCUCUUGGAAGGCAGGCCUAGGAGCCUGGAGCAAGGAACAUGGGGUCAGCUGAGGCUUCUUAUUUAGGGACCCCAGGGGAAGGAGGUCCUGUGGCCCCUGGUGGUGGUAAAAUGUUCCCUCUGUUAUGAUCCCUUUGAUAGUUCCAGUUGAUGUUUCUCUUCAAUAAAUCUUGUUCAGUGUUA